AUGAGUAACAUUUACCUGCAGGAGCCACAUACAAAUGGCAAAGUCAUUUUACAUUCCUCAUAUGGGGAUAUCUCGAUCGAACUCUGGCCAAAAGAGGCGCCGAAAGCUUGCAGGAAUUUUAUACAGUUAUGUAUGGAAGGAUAUUAUGAUGACACAAUAUUUCAUAGGAUUGUAGCAGGAUUUAUUAUUCAAGGAGGAGAUCCAGAGGGGACAGGAUUAGGAGGUGAAUCCUGUUAUGGUCAGCCGUUCGCAGAUGAGUUUCAUUCUCGUUUACGGUUCGUGAGACGAGGAUUGGUGGCGAUGGCCAAUUCAGGUCGUCCAAAUGAUAAUAAGAGUCAAUUCUUUAUUACUUUGGAUGCAACGAUGGAGUUGCAAAAUAAGCAUACGAUUUUUGGCAAGGUUGCAGGGGAUACUAUUUUCAACGUACUCAAGAUCGGAGGACUGGAAGUGGACUCGAAUGAACGGCCUUUAUAUCCACCAAAAAUUAAGAGUUGUACGAUUGUAGUGAAUCCAUUUGAUGAUAUUGUGCCUCGGAUAUCGCGUCAGGAACAGGAGGCAGCGCGAUUGAAAGAGUUGGAGGCGGCACAGAAGAAACCUGAGAAGCAGAAGAAAAUGAAAAAGUAA